CGCCCCGGCGGUGGGGGGCGAGAGCGGGGGCGGGGCUCUCGGGCCGGCUAAAGAGGGCGCUUGUCCCCUGUGGGGAGGAGGGUACGUGUCCUCCUCCUCCUGGCUCCAGACCAGCAGGCGCUCUAGCCUCUGGUUUGGCUGAGGAGGGGGGCGUCGCUGGAGCUAUUGAGACUGCAGUUCAGACGCCUGAGACUUAUCAAAAGAUUAGUGCCAGGUUUGCUUGCCAAUCAGAGCUGGAGGGUGGGAACAUGGCUAUGAUGAUACAUCUGAGGAUUUGUAGGAUAUCUUUUCUUUGCUGCCUAGUCCUCGCUUCUUCCAUCGUCUCUUUUGCAGAGGACCACGAAGGUGGGAUUCAGCACCCCAACGCACACCUGGAUAAAACCAUGGUACAAGACAAGGACCACAUCAUGGAGCAUUUAGAAGGUGUCAUUGACAAGCCAGAGUCUGAGAUGUCGCCGCAAGAGCUGCAGCUCCAUUACUUCAAAAUGCACGAUUACGACGGCAACAACUUACUUGAUGGGCUGGAGCUUGCCACUGCAAUAACACAUGUCCAUAAAGAGGAAGGUGGCGAACACACUCAGCUAAUGAAAGAAGAGGAGCUCAUGAACUUGAUAGAUGGAAUCUUGAUUGGCGAUGAUAAGAAUAAUGAUGGGUUCAUUGAUUAUGCUGAAUUUGCCAAGUCACUGGAAUAAUAAUAAAAAAUAUAUUUUAGUUGAUGUGACCCAGUACAAUGUGAUUCUUUACUCUGUUAGUAUGUUCUACUCUCUGGGCUUCGGAAUUAAUGGUAGGAAAAUGUAACAGUUGAAUAGCUACAUUUCUAUUUCUUAUACAUCGGGAGAGCAAAACGAUUAUGACGGGAACUAUUAUUUGAUAUGCUCUUGUUAGCUAACAAUGUUGAGUAAUAUAGUACAUUGACCCUGUUAGCUAAUUAUUUGGCAGUUGCCGUAAAGACUUGUUUCAAAAGGCUGUUGUCAAAAUCUCUUAGCCUAGGAUAGCUUUUGGAGAAGUCCCAUAAACAUUAAGCAUAACGUUUGCAGCAUAACAUCUGCAAACUCUGAAAUGCCACAGUUAUAAUUCAGUGUUUAUGCUAACUCUUGUUUUUGUGUUCACUCAUUUUCCCCCUCAAAAAAUGAAGAAUGAGGCCAAUCCAGGAAAAGUUUAACCUUUUCAAGAUCUAUUGAUAUCAGCGGGAAAAUGAAGUAUUUCAUUAAGGCUGUAUUCCAACACACACCCAGGAGUAAGCACCAUUAAACUCAAAUGGUCGACGUCUGAGUAGACAUGUAUAGAAUUGCACUGUAAAUCUCCGUUAAAAUUGGUGUGAAUUUAAAAGACCUGGGCUGCAUUGUGCCCUAAAUCUUUAAAUUCAUGUGUUUCAGUGUUUCUACUUGUCUGCUUUUCAGUUGUUUAUAAGGUUUUGUUCUGCCCUAAACUAUCCUUAUAAAAUAACUUUAAAAAAUAUAUAUAUAAACAUUUUUUGUGUUUGUGUGUUACACCAUCAAUACAGUAUUUUUCUUCCGAGUUCAUUUUUAGAAGUGUAGGUUAAUGUGUUAGCUCAAUAGAAUUUACAGUAAAAUGCUGCCUUGUUAAGGUACUUACCAAUGUAUCUUGACAUGAAUCCAUGGUGUUAGCUACAAAAAUACUUUGUAUUUGUUUUUCUAAAACUAACUCUUUUUAAAAAGAGUGUUCAAAUACUUGAAUGGGCUGCUUAAUUAAAAUUGUGGUUCUAGAACUGUAUUCAGCUUUUGGUUCCAUGUGGUUCAAAAGCCUUUUGCAGAUCUAAAGUGAUUUGUAACAGUCUUGAUGUUUGACCUAUUGUAUAAACCAGAUUGGAAAGCAUACAUUUAUUUAAUGAAAACUGGUAUAUUCACAAACAAACAAAACUCAAAAUACCCUAUGUAAAAUGUAUAGAGACCUAUUUUCUGUAUAAAAAAAUAUUCUUAUAUGAAGUGCAUUUGUAAAAAUAAAAGAAACAUCCUUAAUUGUGUAAUAAAAAAGCUGCUUGUACUA